AGGAGCAGGGCACCCGCGGUGCUUCUUCCCGGGGCACGUGGCGGCAACUGCAGUGACUCGAGCGUGGGCCGGGGGUGGAAAAAGCGAGACAUGUUCACCCAACGGUCCCGUGCCCUGGCCGCGCCUGCCCACGCUGCCGAGGAGCGCUACGGCCGCGUCCAGGCUCCCGAGCCGGUCUUGGGAGCUGAUGACAAUAAUGUGAGUGGUGACUGCUCUCAGAAGCUGGUGACUGCUAACAUUCUCCGUUUCCUACUGCUGGUCCUGAUUCCAUGCAUCUGUGCACUCAUCGUCCUAUUGGUUGUCCUGCUUUCCUUUAUGGGAUCAUUAAAAAAGACCUAUUUUAUGUCAAAUGGGAGUGAACCUUUAGUCACUGAUGGUAAAGUCCCAGUGUCUGAUGUCAUUCUUACAAAUGUGAUCUCUAACCAGAGCACUGUGGCUGCAACUGCUCAUCCCAGCCAACACAUUCCAGCCUGGACCUCCGGGGGUUCUUCAGGGGUUCAAAAUCACAGCAAUAUAGGUGUCUGUGUGAACAUCACGUACAGCCAGUGCCAGAUACUACCUUACCAUUCCACGCUCACACCUUUCUACUCAAUUGUCAAAAACAUGGAAAUGGACAAGUUCCUCAAGUUCUUCAUGUACCUCCACCGGCUCGGUUGCUAUCAACAUAUCCUGCUUUUUGGCUGUAGCCUUGCCUUCCCUGAGUGCAUUGGUGAUGACAGUCCUGGACUCCUGCCCUGCAGAUCCUUCUGUGAGGCGGCCAAGGACGGCUGUGAAUCAGUGCUGGGGGUUGUGAACACUUCCUGGCCCCAUUUCCUCAAAUGUUCCCAGUUUCAGAACCAAAGUGAAAGCAUCAAUGGCAGCAAAAUUUGCUUCUCACCACAACCAGAUAAUGGAAAACAAAUGCUCUGCGGAGGCGGUGACAAUUUUCUGUGCUCCAGCGGAAUCUGUGUGCCCAGGAAGCUGCAAUGUAAUGGUUACAACGACUGUGAUGACUGGAGUGAUGAGGCGCAUUGCAAUUGCAGUAAGAAUCUGUUUCACUGCCACACAGGCAAGUGUCUUAAUUACAGCCUUAUCUGUGAUGGCUAUGAUGACUGUGGGGACCUGAGUGAUGAACAGAACUGUGAUUGUCAUCCCACCCAGGAGCAUCGGUGUGGGGACGGGCGCUGCAUUGCAAUAGAGUGGGUUUGUGAUGGUGAUCAUGACUGCGUAGACAAAUCUGAUGAAGUCAAUUGCUCCUGUCUCAGCCAGGGCCUAGUGGAAUGCAGAAAUGGACAGUGUAUACCCAGCACAUUUUGGUGUGAUGGAGACGAGGACUGUAAGGAUGGAAGUGAUGAGGAGAACUGCAGUGACAGUCAGGCUCCAUGUCAAGAAGGAGACCAAAGAUGCCUCUACAAUUCCUGCCUUGAUUCAUGUGGUGGUAGCUCUCCCUGUGACCCGAGCAACAGUCUGAAUAACUGUAGUCAGUGUGAACCGAUUACUUUGGAACUCUGCAUGAAUUUGCCCUACAACUAUACAAAUUACCCAAAUUACCUUGGUCACAGGACUCAAAAUGAAGCUUCCAUCAGUUGGGAGUCCUCUCUGUUCCCUGCACUUGUUCAAACCAACUGUUACAAAUACCUCAUGUUCUUUGCUUGCACCAUUUUGGUACCAAAAUGUGACAUGAAUACAAGCCAACGUAUCCCUCCUUGCAGAGUGCUGUGUGAACACUCCAAAGAACGUUGUGAGUCUGUUCUUGGGAUUGUGGGCCUCCAGUGGCCUGAAGACACAGAUUGCAAUCAGUUUCCAGAAGAAAAUUCAGACAAUCAAACUUGUCUAAUGCCUGAUGAAGAUGUGGAAGAAUGCUCACCUAGUCAUUUCAAGUGCAGAUCAGGACGGUGCGUUCUGGCUUCCAGAAGAUGUGAUGGCCAGGCUGAUUGUGAUGAUGACAGUGAUGAAGAAAACUGUGGAUGUAAAGAGAGAGAUCUUUGGGAAUGUCCAUCCAAUAAACAGUGUUUGAAGCACACAGUCAUCUGUGAUGGGUUCCCAGACUGCCCUGAUAAUAUGGAUGAAAAAAACUGUUCAUUUUGCCAGGAUGACGAACUAGAAUGCGCAAACCAUGAGUGUGUGUCACAUGACCGGUGGUGUGAUGGCCAAGCGGACUGCAUGGAUAGUUCAGAUGAAUGGGAUUGCGUGACCCUCUCUAAAAAUGUCAACUCCUCAUCAUUGCUGAUCGCUCACAGAUCUGCCCUGGAAUACCACGUGUGUGCAGAUGGCUGGCAGGAGACACUGAGUCAGCUGGCCUGCAAGCAGAUGGGUUUAGGAGAACCAUCUGUGACAGAAUUGAUAGAGGAACAGGAGCAAGACCCACCGUGGCUGACAUUACAGUCCAACUGGGAGAGUCUCAGUGGCACUACAUUACAUGAGCUGUUGGUAAAAGGGCAGUCCUGUCAAAGCAGAAGAAAGAUUUCUCUUCUGUGCACAAAAAAAGACUGUGGGCGCCGCCCUGCUGCCCGGAUGAACAAGAGGAUUCUUGGGGGUCGGACAAGUCGCCCCGGAAGGUGGCCAUGGCAGUGUUCUCUGCAGAGUGACCCCAGUGGACACAUUUGUGGCUGUGUCCUCAUUGCCAAGAAGUGGGUUCUGACAGUUGCUCACUGCUUUGAGGGGAGAGAGAAUGCUGCCCUCUGGAGAGUAGUAUUUGGCAUCAACAAUCUUGACCACCCAUCGGCGUUCAUGCAGACCCGCCUGGUGAAGACUAUCAUCCUGCACCCGCGCUACAGUCGAGUGGUGGUGGACUAUGACAUCAGCAUAGUUGAGCUCAGUGAAGACAUCAAUGAAACAAGCUAUGUCAGGCCUGUCUGCUUACCCAGCAUGGAGAAGUUGUUAGAGCCUGAUACUUACUGCUAUAUCACAGGCUGGGGACACAUGGGCAACAAAAUGCCAUUUAAGCUACAAGAGGGAGAAGUCCGCAUUAUUUCUCUGGAGCAGUGUCAGUCAUACUUUGACAUGAAGACCAUCACCACCCGGAUGAUAUGUGCUGGUUACGAGUCUGGCACGGUCGACUCCUGCAUGGGCGACAGCGGUGGACCACUUGUUUGCGAACAGCCUCGGGGACAGUGGACAUUGUUUGGUUUAACUUCAUGGGGCUCCAUCUGCUUUUCCAAAGUCCUGGGGCCUGGAGUUUAUAGCAAUGUGUCAUACUUCCUCGAAUGGAUCCAAAGGCAAAUAUACAUCCAUACCUUUUUCCUAAAUUAAUUCUAAAGAUCACCGGAGACAUUUGCCGGCUAUACUCAAAGUAAAUGGCCUUCUCGACUAUGGAGCGCAUCCUGCAGAGUUAUACAGAAGCUCUUUAUAGGGAACAGAGCUGCUCACCCGCGCGCUGCAAAUGUUCAUGUUUGUUUUGGUCUAAUUUUAUUCAACUCUGUCCCUCAACUUUAUAUUCCUCUUAUUUUCUGUUCAGUGAAAGUGAGAAAAAAAUCAAAACAGUGCUUGUUCUUUUGCCAGAUCUAAUCUUGGCUGUAGAAUAAAAUGAUCAACUCUGGAGAGAGUUUGACAACGGCAGGCACUCAGGUAACAAGGUAUAGAAAAUUCUCUUUUAUCUGAUCAGAAAAAGGACACUGAGAUUCAGGCUCACUCAUCUUUGGCAGCUUAUCUUUUUCCAGCAAAAUAAAGUGGUGACACAUUUCAAUAUCAUUGCAGAUUUGCUUUGAUUUUUUUUAAAAAGUACAAGCUAAUUUACAUGUUCAAAUGAUUUACUAGCACUCUUCAAAAGUUUGCAUAAGCUAAAUAACUUCUGAGCGGAGGUCAGAGGUAAAAAGCCACGCUGCUUCUAUUUAGGGAGCUAAAAUAGUAAGACAUAAAUACAAAACACUUUAGACUUCAACAAUUAGCAAAUGAUGUUAUAGGACUACCCAUGCUGAAUUUAAAUCAGGAUCAUAAUUUUAUAGAAAAUUCUUCAUGCAACUUUUUUUAUAAUUAGGUUUUGUUUAUUGAUUAUCAACUAGAAGACCGAGACAGCCACAACAAAGAAAUACCUGUGGGAUAUAUUUUGUUCUGCCUACAAGAUUAUUAGAGAUGAGAUUAAAUUUUACAAAGAAGAAUUUGUAGUAGACUCAAGAGAUGAAAUAAAAAAAUUAAUUGUACCAUGGCCUCAAUGAAAUAUUUUUUAUUUUUCCUAUUUGUCAUAUCAAUAAAGUCAUAGACAUGUAUCUUAAACCAUCUUAAGAUUUUGCAUGGAGUACAAGAUUUUGCAAUUUUUUUCCUUGAAAAAUUUUACAAUAUCUUUGAAGCAAUGGUAAUUACCAUAUCUUCCCUUGAUAAGUGUGCUUUAAAAAAAUGCUUUUAAGUGGGUCUGGAACCAUAGUUCUGUGGGUAGGGUGUUUGCCUUGUACCUGGCCAACUCUGGCUUGAUCCCUGGCAUCCCAUAUGGUCCCGUGAACACCUCCAGGGGUAAUUCCUGAGUGCAGAGCAAGGAGUAACCCCUGAGCAUCGCUGUGUGUGACUUCAAAAGCCAAUAAAUAUAUUUUUUUUAAAAAAAUGCUUUUAAGCUCCUGGACACUUUUCACACAACAGUUUCUGAAGUAAUUAGUGGUGAAACUCUUUUUACCCACUAAGUCUUCAAAACAUGAAUCUUCACACAUACUAAUUUAAUUAGCCAGGUGCUCUUUUUUGUAAAUGCCUUUGAACAAGUAGGUUGCCUACUAACCACCAGCAUCUUGGAUUGCCUCAGCUCCUCAGAGCCUACCUGCAAUUUCAUACAUGUAUUUUUGUACUCUUUUCUAUAUAUAUUCAUACUUGAAAUGCAAAACGUUGUCAUGACACUUUGCAUGUUAUUUAUCUCCUGUUCUGUAGUUUUUAUGAACUGUUGAGAAUGUGAAAUCCAGCAAUUAAAUUGUGAUUACAACUGUAUGAAAUUUUAAGAACAAAUGUCAUUUUGUACUUAAGGUAACAACUUUUAGCUUGGCUCGAUUUAUGUUCAGUGAUAUGUACAUAUUGAACUUAUUUUCAGUAGCUCUGAUCACAAAUAAAAUUAUGUCACUUUA